AUGAUGUCAAAUGAACGGACUUUGUUGAAUCAAUUAAUCAAAUCGAAAACUGAUACAGUUGGAAGUGAAAUAUUGAAAGAGAUCGAAGGCAAUGACGAGUAUAUAAAGGAUGUACAGCUAAAGAAGCUUAAAGAGCUGCACGAUAAGAAAUUUAAAGAGAAAGGUGUAACACCAUUGAUUAGAUUAUAUGAGAAAUAUAAUGCCUGUGCUCUGAAUGAUGGGGAUUUACAGAAUUGGGCUGAAUUGAUAGAUAGAGACAUACGAAUAUUGGAAGGUACCAUAAAAAUCCUGGAAGAUGAAUCAAAUGAAGGGUAG